CUGAAAUCACCGUGACAGAAGCAAAAAAUCUUAACUUCAUUACAUUCAAUCACUAUGCGGAUGAUUCUACUCCUAAAUCCAUGAUUUGAGCUCAUUUUGUAGAAGAAAAAUGACGACGGCACUGCAAAAGUCUCUAUAUAAUCAACAUGUUGGUGUAGACUACCUAUCGAGGAAUGUCGAAUCUGAUGUCCUACACGCUCCGGCGAUACUAGAUCGUUUAUCGAUCUCACAAAACCAUUUUGAUCACUACAAAUCAAGAACUUACAGACCUCCCAAGGUGCCCUGGGGACGCAGUCUCAGUUAUGGCGGUACUGGACCAAUCAAUCUCCCUGAGGACCACCGGCCCAAACAAGAACCACCAAUAAGGGUCCAGAAGGGACAUCGACACUUUGGAGGCGGCGUUCUACCUUUUCCCAGGGGUAUUCCCAUUGAACAGUACUAUGAUUUAACGCUCCUAAAGAAGAGUGAUCUACGAAGAAAUGACGAGCUCAUCCCCGACCCUCAGAAACUGGAUAUCGGAAAGUUAACAAUCCCUUUGAAGUUCCCAUCAGAGCAUCCUUACCAGUCCCACACGCCAAMGUUCGCCGUGUUCCCCUCCUUUGAUUCACCCGAUGACGUCAGAAAAGGCAAAGAAGCUGUGAUCUACUCCUCCACCCUACCCCCCACCGCAGCUGCCUCGGCAAUCGAUCCUGUUGUUGUUGAGAAGACCAAGGGACACGCUUAUCGUAGAGAGGUGAUACAAGUACAAAAGGAAUCUCAGAAAACUCCUCUCAUUUGGAAUGAACAUAACUAUUAUCAGCUGGUCAAAGGUCCAGAACUUCAGCGUCAGGUUUUCUACCCCACCCCACCCUCCUCAGUCCAGCCAAACAGUUUAAAUCGACCAGCGGAGCUGACAGUUUCUCCACGAACAGCAAAUGCCCUUUACAACCUGCAGAAAUCGUACUGGAAGACUAUCUAUAGUCAGCAAUACACGGGGAAUGGUACACAGAAUAUCUUGAAGCUUGAUAACUAUGAUGAUGUGACCAGAGGAGAAGGCAAUGAAUUGAAGGAGCAUUUAAGAAACCAAUUCACUCCUCCGCGACCGCUUGAAGGACGCCAGACGACGGUAAGAAGCAAAAAGAAACCAAAAAAGACGAAAAGAAUUAUAGUUGGACACGGAACAGAAUUAUGGGUCACGGAUGACGAGGACGAAGAGAAUGACCAGCGGAAGUACGCAGCAGGAAAAACAUCGAAAGACAGUGAAAUCGUACAGAAAUCUUCCAUCCCCGAUGAUGACAGAGAACCAGGGACGUAUUCAAAUAACACACAUCACCUCAUUAACCAAGAAGGGUCAAAAUAUCCGUUAGAUACUUGUAAGAUAACUAAUAAUUAUUACCAGGCGGCUUCCCCACCAGAAACGACGGCUUCUCUUGCUCAGUUGCAGUAUCCUAAGACGUCGAAUUUUUACUGGAAUAAUCGGCCUGCCACGGCUCCCGAACCAUCACGACCUCGGUCACCGACGAUACACAAUAUGCCAAGCCAGCUACACGAGCAGGCGAAAACAGGCUCGACAAAUAGCGAUUUGUACCCGAAGUGGUUCCGAAAUAGUUCCGUCUACAGCCCGAAGAGGCCGAGCACUGCCCUGCUUGAUCUACAAAAUACCUGGAGUAAAACUGAAGCACAUCGGAAAUUUCACGAACAGUUUCCAGAAAAUGCACCAGAUAUCCGACAAAAACCCGAUCUCCGAAUUACUACGAAUGAGAGGCGACAUGUGAUUCCUGAAACGGGUAUUCACGUGUAUUACUACCAUCGAUGAACAAUUGGUUGCAUUUGGGAUUACAUAUAUUAUCGGGACAAGUUAGUAUAAUUUAGCAUGACAUUUGUCUCACUUCACAAAAUGGUUCAACGCAGAAUCACCCAUGCAGCCCCCAUCACGUGACUUUUUCCAAAGGUUUUAAUAGAGAGCACGAGCAGGGCGGUACGGGUCAUAUCACGCGCUUUCAUUGGCAAAUUUGCGAUCUAUAACUUACGGUAAGGAUCAGUCCAACAACCCUAUUUUGGUGUUCACCUUGCCAUAUAAGGCCCCGUCCACACGUAUCCGGAAAUUUUUGU